ACAGCAUUACAUUAUAACACAAUCACAUGCUUUCUCCCUUACACAAACACGUCACUUCGAUCAGAAACAGAGCAGAUCAAACACGUCUUCUUCCUCUUCUCUCUCUAGAAUCAUUCAAAGCUCUUUCCUUUUGUAAUAGCCUUCGUUGCUGAUUCGAUCAUUCAAAGCCGGAAGCAAUCAUCAUGUCAAACCCUAGACUCACUAGGAUCCUAAGCAUGAGAGAACGCGUGCAGGACACGCUCUCCGCUCACCGCAACGAACUCGUCGCUCUUCUCUCCAGGUAUGUUGAUCAGGGCAAAGGGAUUCUUAAACCACACAACUUAAUCGACGAACUCGAAUCCAUCAUCGGAGACGACGAUGCAAGGAAGAAGAGUCUCUCCGAUGGUCCUUUCGGCGAAAUCCUCAAAUCCGCAAUGGAAGCCAUAGUGAUACCACCGUUCGUUGCCUUAGCCGUUAGACCAAGACAAGGUGUUUGGGAAUACGUUCGUGUCAAUGUCUACGAGCUAAGCGUUGAACAGUUAACUGUCUCUGAGUACCUUUGUUUCAAAGAAGAGCUCGUUGAUGGAGCUAGCAGCAGCGACCCUUUUCGCCUUGAGCUUGAUUUCGAGCCUUUCAACGCAAACGUGCCGCGUCCUUCGAGGUCGUCUUCCAUUGGGAAUGGAGUUCAGUUUCUGAACCGUCACUUGUCUUCUGUUAUGUUCCGUAAUAAAGAUUGCUUGGAGCCUCUGCUUGACUUCCUAAGGGUUCAUAAGUACAAAGGUCAUCCGUUGAUGUUGAAUGAUCGGAUCCAAAGCAUAUCUAGGCUUCAAAGCCAACUUAGUAAAGCAGAAGAUCACAUCUCUAAGCUCCCAGAAGAAACUCCAUUCUCUGAAUUCGAGUAUUCGAUUCAAGGAAUGGGGUUUGAGAAAGGAUGGGGAGAUACCGCGGGACGAGUGCUCGAAAUGAUGUAUCUCCUCUCUGAUAUUCUUCAAGCUCCUGAUCCUUCCUCCUUGGAGAAGUUUCUUGGGAUGGUACCAAUGGUUUUCAACGUUGUCAUCUUAUCUCCACAUGGAUAUUUCGGACAAGCUAAUGUCCUAGGCUUGCCUGACACUGGUGGACAAGUUGUUUACAUUCUAGACCAAGUUCGAGCCCUUGAGACUGAAAUGCUGUUGAGGAUAAAGAGACAAGGACUGGACAUAACACCUAGGAUUCUCAUUGUAACAAGACUAAUACCAGACGCUAAAGGAACUACGUGCAACCAGAGGUUAGAGAGAGUAAGCGGAACUGAGCAUACACACAUCCUCCGAGUUCCUUUUAGAUCUGAUAAAGGGAUCCUUCGCAAAUGGAUUUCAAGAUUCGACGUGUGGCCUUACCUAGAAAACUAUGCUCAGGAUGCAGCAAGCGAGAUCGUCGGCGAACUACAAGGAGUUCCUGACUUUAUCAUCGGUAACUACAGCGAUGGAAACCUUGUUGCAUCGUUAAUGGCACAUAAAAUGGGUGUUACACAAUGCACUAUUGCACAUGCUCUGGAGAAAACAAAGUAUCCAGACUCAGACAUUUACUGGAAAGACUUCGACAACAAGUACCACUUCUCUUGCCAGUUCACAGCUGAUCUAAUCGCUAUGAACAACGCAGACUUCAUCAUCACAAGCACUUACCAAGAGAUCGCGGGAACGAAGAACACGGUCGGUCAAUACGAAAGCCAUGGAGCUUUUACGCUCCCGGGGCUAUACAGAGUAGUUCACGGCAUCGAUGUGUUUGAUCCAAAGUUCAACAUAGUCUCACCUGGAGCAGACAUGACCAUUUACUUCCCUUUUACCGAAAGUGAAAAGAGACUCACAGCUUUACAUGGUUCCAUUGAAGAAAUGCUCUAUAGCCCUGAGCAAACUGAUGAGCAUGUUGGUACAUUGAGCGAUAGCUCGAAGCCAAUACUCUUCUCUAUGGCGAGGCUAGACAAAGUGAAAAACAUCUCGGGUUUAGUUGAGAUGUACGGUAAGAACACAAAGCUGAGGGAGCUGGUGAACCUAGUCGUAAUAGCUGGUAACAUUGACGUGAACAAGUCCAAAGACAGAGAAGAGAUCUCAGAGAUUGAGAAGAUGCAUAACCUUAUAAAGAACUACAAGCUUGAAGGACAGUUCCGUUGGAUAACGGCUCAGACUAACCGAGCUCGAAACGGCGAGCUUUACCGUUACAUUGCGGAUACAAAAGGUGCUUUCGCUCAGCCUGCGUUCUACGAGGCCUUUGGGCUUACGGUGGUGGAAGCAAUGACUUGUGGGCUUCCUACUUUCGCCACUUUGCACGGCGGGCCUGCUGAGAUUAUAGAGCAUGGGGUGUCUGGUUUCCAUAUUGAUCCGUACCAUCCUGAGCAAGCUGGUAACAUUAUGGCUGAGUUCUUUCAACGUUGUAAGGAGGAUCCUAACCAUUGGAACAAAGUAUCAGAUUGUGGACUGCAAAGGAUAUAUGAAAGGUACACAUGGAAGAUAUACUCUGAGAGGCUAAUGACACUAGCUGGUGUGUAUGGUUUCUGGAAAUACGUAUCGAAGCUGGAGCGUCGUGAGACUAGAAGAUACCUUGAGAUGUUCUACAUUCUCAAGUUCCGCGACUUGGUGAAAACUGUUCCUUUAAGCGACGAUGAAUGAUUGAUCCAGCUCUGCGUUGGAAGAAGAAGUAGUUAGUUGGUGUAAAAAAGAAGAAUAAAAAGAUGAAUAAAUGUUGUGUUUGUAAGAAAGGAUGAUGACUUUGUUGGGAAGGAGUUAUUACGAACUUGUUUGUGUUGUGUUUCAUGGUACUUUUGUGUGUUGUGUUUGGUCAUGUGUUACUGACAUGUUGAAAGUCACGUGAAGUUUGUAGCUUACAAUAAAAAGUCUUAGUCACGUGAAGUUUGUAGCUUACAAUAAAAAGUCUCCUCGAGAAUAUUUUCAUUU